GGAAUUCUUACGAAAUUUUAACAUCCAGUCUGCAUCUUCGCGAAGAUAUUAGAGCGCUCUUCGUUUUUAUACCAAUGGAAAACAUUUGUACUACAUUUGUGUAAAAUAUUCAGGUAUUUCAGUUACAAAAAUGCUUCACACAUUAUUACUGCGAAACAGGAUGCAAAACUCGCGUUUCUCGCGAGGCGCUAAGAACAUCACCGGCGAGAAUCGCAGCCAUUGUCAUUAGGAUUCACUGUCGCCUCCUUUUCACGUCGGCCCUCUUCUGCCCCCCUCAAUCAUUUUCGCGAGCACCAAAACGCAGGCAAGAUCCGUCGAUCGGAAUGAAGAGGAGAAGGGAUUUACAGCGCGUUUGGAAGGAACGGUGGAUCCUGGCGGCCUCGGCGUGCCAGCUCCGCCUUGAGCGCGCGCCUCGGCCGAGUGAAAGUGGGAUUUUGCUUUCUACCCAGUUCGCGUUCGCCAGUGACAAGCGCGCCGUGCUCGCGAGCGAACGCGCCGUUUCGGUGGCGGCAAUGGUCCUUCUCGUGCGCGGCUAACGGCACUGACAAGUCUCUCUCGCUGUGAAGAAGGAAGCGCAUCCGCCGACGCGACGCCGUGUGUCGAAUGGGGACCGGUCGCUCAAUCACGCGAUGAGCUGACGACCCGAGGACCCGCGCGUGCAAGUUCAUCGAGGGUCCCGGAACAUCGCCAAGAGAUUUGAAGACCAGGUUGGAGACAUGCCGCGACACCGACGAGGAGCGCCUUCGCGCGGCCAGGUCCUUCUCCUGCGCUUACUGCUGAUCUGCGCGCUCGUCGCUGCCAGUCGCCAAGAAGAAACAAUUCGAUCUUUGGACAAACUCUCGCAACUUCUGCCAACGAACUCGGUGUACGAGAAGCAGGAUCGAAAUGCAUCGCCGUCCAGCAACGAAGCCGAUACAUCGUUGCCACACUCGCCGGAUGAGAACAACGUGAUGGACACGUCGAAAUCGAACGGGGCGAGCGAGCACGAGGAGGGGGAGGAGGAGGAGGAACCUAAGCUAACGUACGAUGUUGAGGAAUACGAAGAUGAGGAUAAGCAUGAAGAAGUCGAGGGGGACGAGAACGGGGAGGAAGAGAACGAUUCCUCUGAUAGCGAUAAUGGCGCAACGAAGAAAGAGAGAUCGCCAUCGGAAGCCAGCAAUAUUUCGAGUACCGAGGCGGAGGAACGGGAUGUGGAUUACCUCGAAGACCCCCCGACGAACCAGUACGACAAUACGUAUUAUUAUUACGAUGAGUACGACAACGGCAAUCGUUCCAGAUAUGAGGCCGUAGACGGCGGGAACUUGGAUUAUCCGGACGUGGAAUCCGAGGAAGAAGACUUCGCGCAUUCUUCAAAAUCGGAGCAUGGUGCGCUGGAGAAGAGAGACGAGGACGCUUUACACGAAUCGUCUUCCAAUUCAUCGCGCAUCGUCGAUGAAGAAAUCAGCAGCUCAAUACCGCCGACGGAUCCGGAGAGAGGUUCGUCCAUGGAGGGCAGCGAUCACGCAUUCUCCGUUCUCGACGCGCCCGAGGAGGAAUCUGAAAACGUGUCCUCCGCCGAGAGCAGUUCCGUUCUAAUAGGCGGUGCCGUGGUAUCCGUGGUGACUACGAAGAGCGUGGUGAACGGCACGAUAUCAGUGCCGACGACGGUCUCGCCGACCACCACGGAGCAAGUUGCGCCGUCGCCGUCAGCCUCGUUGACCGAGACGACGGAUCAGCCGGAAAUAACGACGGAGGAUUCCUCGAAGAUCCUGGCCUCCGUGCAGACCAGCCGAAGUGUGUCGGGCGCGCGCUUCCUGCCGUUCCCGGUGAUAGAUCGCGUGGAGGCGCAAGGAUCGCUGGAGAGCAAGAAGACGUCCCAGUCUACGUCCGAGUCUACGGAAAGCAUCAUCGACAAGCUCGAUUGGGCGCAGUCAAAGCUGUCCAGCGAUCUCCUGCCGGCCGCGAUACUUGGGACCGGCGGUUUCCGCAAUGCCGGCAACACGCUGCAAUUGGACGUUCUGGCGGAGAGAGAUCGCACGACGACUCGCAGAAGCUUCACCACCACGGCGAAAACGCCGAACAUCAGCAAGUUUGUACCUCGGCGUUACAAUGACAGAAAAUUAGACCAAACCACCACUAGCACAACUGGCACCGCCAGCACGAUCAGCGCAACUAGCAUCAGCAGCACAGCGAAGUCGCGACUUGAGACUGUAGUCGACAGUCUGGAAGGUCUACUGCCACGGAAUUACGUCUCGAGAGGAACCACACCAAGCGUGGGGUCUUCUAGGAUAAACUUCAGGGGAUUUUCCUCAAAAUCAACUACAUCUGCGGAAGUAGCAGAAACGAAAGCUACGUCGACCACACCACGGCCAAAACCUAAAACUGGCACUGUCGUCCAAGAUAUUAGCGCAUUUUUACCGCCAGGAUACAAGUUGAAGAAAGAAGAUACAGUUGUUACGGAAAGUUCUCUUUUGAGUGACAUUCUCGCCAAGUCCAAGGUGGAUAUUUCAUCCCUCUUGCCAUCCGAUUAUAAUAAGAAGAAAAAUGAGGAAGAAUCUAAAUCGAAGAGUACCAUUAUAACGACAACAACAACAACGACGGCGAAGAGUGCAGACGUCUCUUCGGAAAAAGUCGUACCGUCUAUUCGGGAUCUCUUCGCGUCCUCCAAAGUUGAUAUUUCUGCCUUGUUACCUAAGGAUUACGAACAAAAGAAAAAGGAUCUCGUUCCGGAUAGCAAAGCCGACGAUAUAAGUGGCGAGCACAACGCGACAGUUACGGAACGGACCGAUCCUGAAACGUCCACUGUGAAGAAAGCCGGCGGUUUGAAAAUCGUGUUCCCUAGCAGACCAGGCGGCCGCAAACCCAUUCACAAAAUAACCACUCCUCAAAGUCCACGUGGAGAAGGUCCAAGCACGGCAACGCCGAAGAUACAAAAGGGAUGGCCGACUAGAGCUACCACGGAAUUCACCGGAUGGCCAACUCCAUCCACCACGCCAAUCUCCAUCGAGAAGUUGUUGGAAGCUGCGCGCACAGCUACUGUAGCAUCAGUGAACAUGUCACUUAUCCCGAGCACAAACGAAAUCUCGAGUACGUCGUCGACAUCAACUACGACGACGACGACGCCAAGACCAACGACUCCUGGUAUGUGCGACGACGAGUGCGAGGUUGCCGGCACGAUACGCAUAAUCGGGAACGCAACAUGGAUGCCGGAACUGUUCGAUCGAAACACUCGCGAGUGGCAAGAACUCGCGAAUCAAGUGGAACGAGAGAUGAAUUUUAUAUUUUCGAAAUCCAGCGUUUUGAUGAACUGGUACAAAAAGAUAAGGAUCGAUUCUUUCAGCCAAGGUAGCAUUCUGGUAGACUACUUUGUCGAACUAGCCAAUGUACAGCAAAAAGUGAAUACACAAGAGCUGAAAGUGAUUUUCCACGAUUCGCUUAGGACAUACAACGCCAAUCGAUGGAAUGAGACAAGCACGAAGGGUGCGUUGAGGAUGGGAAUCUUCACCAUUGAUCCUAAAUAUACUGAUUUUGUAGUGAUACCCAAAGCGAAUACACCGCGUUACAUCGAAAAGGACGAUAGGCUGAUACCUCAGUGGGCUAUUGCGGUGAUAGUAAUAGGCGUAGGAGGUCUACUAUUCAUUAUCGUGUUCGGUGUAUCUGUGCUUAUCAACAGGCAAAACAGGUCGAAACUGAAGCCGACCAUGUCUACCAUUUAUGAGGAGGAAGUUGCUAAGCACACAUCGAGUCACAGAUCGAGCGAUUAUUCGAAGCCGGUGCACACGAUAUGGACCGAUCCCGACGUCUCUUGGAACGACAAGUCUUUCGAAUCGACUUCGAAUAAGAUUUUGGUUGAUAAAUCUUUCCAGGACAACAAAAAGUACAAUUUAUACGACAGUUGGCGAUCCGAAUGGAAUGGUUAUUAUUACAAUCCAUCGCAUACAAGUAGCAAGUACGGCGGUUACGACAGCACCACGAACUUAUCGAGCCGUCAUCAUCCUGAUUACGACACAAACUUCUAAACUUGACGGCAAUAAACUACAAUGUUUUCCAUCAAUAUCGAUUUCACUUAAUUUAUUUGGCGCUUUAGGUAAGCAUCGGUAAAAUAAAGAUUAUUCUACCAUCAAAAUAUGUAUUUUACUUCUUUUAAUAGAGAGAGUGUGUGUGUAUUAUGAAGUUUUGACGCGAGAUUAUGCAACAUCUGCGUGUAGAGCAUUUUAAAUAUAUGGACUUGUUAAUUUUUA